UCCAAUUAGACUAAGCCUCGCCCCUAUCUGAUACACUGCACAGUGAACACGUGCUGUCGCAAACGUUUCUACAACUGAAACAUCUAGAGAAGAAACAUGGAAGAGAAGCAACCAGAUUCCCCACCCGCUUACUCUGGGCAGAGCGCUCCGCCUCCUCAAGGCUAUCCACCACAAGGCUAUCCACCACAAGGUUAUCCUCCUCAAGGUUAUCCUCCACAAGGUUAUCCUCCACAAGGAUAUCCUCCACAGCCAUAUCAGGGUUACCCUCCACAAGGCUACGCUCCUGCUCCUCAGCAGCAGCAGCAGUCAAAUACAACAGUCGUUGUAGCUCAACCUCAAGCCGCUGCAGCCAGUACAACAGUCGUUGUGAACAGACGCGCCACCAACCACUGCAUGCACUGCUGCAUUACUUUUUUCUUCUGGCCGUGGAUUUUCGUCUGGAUUUAUCUGUGCAUCACGGAUCCCUAGAUCCGAAGUCCAGAAACCAUCAAAAGACCGAUUUUUUGUUUUGCUAUUCUUACUUGAAACAUUGUAUCUUGUUGUUGCAUGCAUGACAGUCUGCGUCAUCUAACGCGUGAUGUCACCAUAGUAUUGUAUGUGCUGAUGUCUAGGAAGUAAAAGUCUUGUUGUGUGAGUGAAA